AUGCAGUCGCUGGAGCGUCCAGUGGCGGCUGAGGCCCUGGCGCGUAUCGCCGAGGAGAGCUCCAGAAUCAUAGCCCCCAGCGGCGAGCAGAGGUUGCGCCUCAUCAGCCUUAUCGAAUUGAGACGACUGUCGUUCACCCUACCACCCAACACUCCAGAACUUGAGAUUCUGUUGCGGUUCCUGGAAGACACCUGUCUUAAAACAUACUCCAGCGAUUCGUCUUGGGAGCCUGACUCCGAGCUAACAUCCACGACUUACCCCAAGCUGUCUUCCGUUGCCCGGAUCGAAAAAGGCAAAGCCAAUCCUAAACUCCAAUCUUCCAUUCGACACGCAAUUGAGUGCAACUUUCCCGUCAGGGUCGAUGUCCUCAUUGACCAAGUUUGUGCCUCGAGGGACGGGUCACGAGCUGGAGGAGUGUCUUCAAACGCGGCACAAAACCCAGUCAAUAACGUGCUCGAUUACAUCGAUGGAUCGAUUUCUCACGGACGUAAGCGUCGGAUUGAAAUCGAGUCGGACGAGUCCCAAAUGAACCGACCUGCCAAGAUGCGACGCAACUCAGAGGGUUCAGCAACACUUGAUCUCCAACGCAGUCUCCCAUCGGAAAAAGAGUCUCAGCGCGAAGAAGAUGUGCUAUACUCUGCCUUGAAUCCCCAGAUCCUAUGCCAUGCGCUUCAGCCGCAAGAAAACCAUCUCCGGACCUUUCACCUACGACUUGACGAUCCAAAGUCACCUCCAAACCCGGAGGGUACCUGGAUAUACGAGGCUAUUUUCAACGCUUCCAUACCCGGAAGCACCAGACACGGGUGCAUAAAGGGGGGCGGUACAAAGUGCUACCAUGAGGCAGAAGUAAAUGUAAUCAGUAGAGCAGAAAUGAGCCGACGAAGGCAACCGGAACAGAGUGUGAAGGAAGUCGUGGAAGGGACGUUUUGUCAAAGCUAUAUUUCUCCCAGUCACGGGUGCCGCCUUUGCCUACUCUCCUCAGAGUUAGAAAACGCGAAACCCAUUCUUUACGCUACAGCAGACACGGCCAGGGCCCUUGAAGCGCAUAUGCCUGAGCAUGAUUCACAGCUCCCCGAUGCCCGACGCCUAACAUGCCGUGCAGGCAACAGAGAAGCACCUCGACUACUAGAGCGGGAUGUCGCAAAAAUGUCGGUUCACGACAAGGUUUUUUUGGCCUACGUCGUCGGUAGGUCCGUCAGCCAGUACUACAAUACUCGACUCGCAGCCCAGCAACUGUGGACGCUCCAAACCCUGUCCACAAUCCCCGACAUAGAGGGUCCGCCGGAGCCUCAGAUCGGGCCUGCCACUGGCCUGUCCCUCUUCUCACAUCGGCACCCUUACAUCCGAAUUGAUUUUAAGACAGAAGAUGAGCUCAGACGCGUUUAUCACAGCGACCUGGGAAUGGACUUUCACCAAGAUCGUGGAGGUGCGAGAUUCUACCCUGGUCCGAUCUCUCUCGGCCUUCUGCUUCUCGAUAUUUGGGGGGACUUGGAUCUAACAAACGACUUGACGUGGCCAGAGGCACACGUGCGGCGAGCUCAGUAUGCAGGGUAUGCUCGGUCACAGUUUGAAGGCCAUCAGCUUGUCCAACAGGCAAUCGUGAAUUGCUUGGACGUCAACCUUUUCGCUCGCGGUCCAGGCAAAACCCAUACGCGUCUGACGGAGAAACGAAACUGGCUCAUACGCAAUGUCGUUCACCCGUUGAGGCUGCUUUAUCUAUCCACGUUCCAUGCGGACACUUUAGCGCAGCCAGAUCUCCAUAUUCGGACAAUAGGAUACCCUAGUCGAGCUGAUGUCAGUACCUCGGCCAAGAUUGAGCAGUACAAGAGCUUUAUCAAUUUCCUGGAAAAGCCCAGAGGGGGGCGAAAAGAGGCGACGGAAGGUAUUGAAUGGAUAUCAGACUUUCUAGACCUCAGUCGUGAUGUCCACGACCGUGUUAAAAGCAAGGGGAAACAGCCAAAGAUUUGUAUUUUGGAUACUGGAUGCGAUCCAGAUUGCAACUUUUUCAAGAGAGAACGUGCAGGUGACCCUAAUGACUUGAACAGAAUAGUUUGGCGAGAUUUUGCCACCCCAACAAGUGCGGGCAUGAUUGACGAGGAUGGUGCAGAAGCUGGCAGCUUUGGUACAAGAGGGAAGCACGGCACAAGCAUCGCCACCCUUCUUCUCAUGUUGCUUCCGCAGGCCAACAUCUAUGUCGCCCGCAUCGCCCCCGACAGGAGAGAUAUGGUCAACCGCCAGACACAUGACGGGGUUUUGGAUAGUAUUAGACGGGCCAUACACCAUGCUGCAACUGUGUGGAUGGUUGACAUCAUCUCCAUGUCCUUUGGCUACAUGACAGAACCGGCGGUCCUGAAGGUGGCCAUUGAAGACGCCAUAAGAGAUAGGAGAAACGGACAUCUUCAUCCAAAGCUCAUCAUGCUAGCCGCGGCCAGCAAUGAAGGCGGCCUCUCACCGGAACUAGCUCCUGCUUGUUGGCCCGAAGUCAUAUCUGUCAGGGGAACCACAUCGCGGGGCAAAUUUCUGGAGGAGUAUAACCCGCACGAAUCGAAGAGCUUGCCCCCUCACUUAGGAACCCUUGUCCAGGGAGUUCCUUGUGGUUAUGGCUUUCGGCAGGGAACGUCUUUCGCGGCCCCAAUCAUGGCUGCAACAGCGGGCUUGGUUCAGUUAUACGUGUCAUUUCUCAUCGAUAAGGAAAUCGAGUCUGGGAACCCUGAGAGAGCGGAUCUUUACUCUAGGGUAUACGAGACAGAGGGGAUGCGCCAGAUCCUGGCGACAUUUACGGCAUCGGGAUCCGGUGGAGAUGGUACACGAGCAGUCAAGCCGCAGUUAUGGAGUUCGCUACAGAACUGGGAGGGUACAAUAUGGCAUGCUUUGGCGCAAAUGAAGACGCCUGGUUGA